CCACUCUCCCAGUCGUUAGCAGGAACUACGCCAGUGUGUGGGGUACAGAGAGGUGAAUAGUAGGUGAGCUUUAAAUGCCAAGAUAGGAAUUCCUACACUAGUCAAAUCGAGCACGCUGCAACGGAAGAACUGCUAGUACUACAUACCAGAAGAAUGUGCUGAAAAGCCGCAACUGCCAUAGCACGAGCCACCACUGCAAUUCACCAGCCAUCGAAAGGUCGGGUGUGAGCUGUGCCAGCAGACGCAGACCCAGACCGUCCGGGAUGUCGGCCUGCGCUGGUGACGUCAUCACUGACAGCAGUAGCAGCAGACAGCAGGCACCUGCUGGAUAGUGGUGUGGUAAGCUUCAGACAUGUCUGAAUCACAAGAUUCUGUAGAAGGAAGUGGAAGAAUGAAGGGAGUGACCGUGGUGAAGCCGAUCGUAUAUGGCAACCUGGCUCGACCCUUUGGAAAGAAGCGGGAGGAGGAUGGCCACACGCACCAGUGGACCGUUUACGCCAAACCGUACAACAACGAAGACAUGUCUGUGUACGUGAAGAAGGUGCAGUUCAAGCUGCACGACAGCUACCCUAAUGCCACCCGGGUGGUCUCCAAACCGCCGUACGAGGUCACAGAGACCGGCUGGGGGGAGUUCGAGGUCGUCAUCAAAAUCUACUUCGAGGACCCUAAUGAGCGGCCGGUGACGUUGUACCACGUGCUGAAGCUGUUCCCCUCGAGCGGCGCCCCUGCGCCCGUCGUCAUGGGUCCGCUGAAGACGCUGGUCUGUGAGUACUACGACGAGAUGAUCUUCCAGGAGCCGUCGCUGAUGAUGCAGCAGCUGCUGACGUCCACUCGGCAGAUCACCCUCGGCCCGUACAAACACGAGACAGACUUUGAGGAGAAGCGGCAGAAGACCGAGGCAGCCAUCACCUCUGCUCGAGACAAAGUAAAACGAGAGAUUGACGACCUCAGGGACAAGCUAAAGCUGGCCAAAGAGACGAUCGCGAGAUUCCGGUCGGAGAUUGAGAAGUCACAGGCGAUGCACUGAUAGUGGUGAUACUUGUGUUCUAUUCAGCAUCCACUUACCCUGCAACCUUCUCCAGAGAAAGUAUUCCAAUUGACUUUCUGGGAGGUGGGGGGGGGGGGGGGGGAAGGGUAAGAGAGGGUAGCAGAUGUUUGGGGCCGUGUAACACGGUGCCGCUAUCUUGACUGUCUCACCUGCUCAUCAUGUCAUUUGUAUAUAUUCAUUUUUUUGUAAUAUACCACUUAUUUUUG